AUGAGAGAGUCACCCAAUGUGCACAAGGUAACAACAUUUCAACUUGAGGAGCAGCUGUUAAAGACCAUCACUUGUCUUCGGUUGCCAUUUCAAACAGUAGAGAACCCUGUGUUCCAGAGACUGCUCAACCUCGUAUACUCAGGACCUGAGGUACUAAAACUUCCGUCAGCGAAAACCCUGCGAAGACGGCUCCGCGACGCAGUUACAGUUCAACAGGAAUCGCAGUUGCGAGAUCUGCCUAACGACGCUAAGGUAUCACUCGCCUUGGAUUGUUGGACCAGCCCAUUCCAGCAAGCGUUUAUGGCAAUCACGGUUUAUUUCAUUGACAAAGAUUGGAAUUACCGGGAGAUGCUUCUUGGCUUUGAACCGUUACACGGUCCUCACACCGGGAGCAACCUUAGUGAUAUUCUCCAUCAGUUAUUGACGGAACGCGGACUCUUGGAUCGCAUCUUUAGCGUCACUACAGAUAAUGCGACCAACAACGAGACAUUGAUCCGCGCUUUGCAAGAGAAGUUGAUAUCCGCUGGUGCAAUCGGCUCCAGGGAAUCCAUAAUCCGGGUUCCUUGUAUGGCCCAUGUGAUCCAACUUUGUCUAAAACAGCUUUUAGGGCAUAUCAAAGCAGCGCCCAAGAAUAAAGAGGUAAAGACUUUUUGGUCCGAUACUCAAGCCAUCGGUUUGAGAGACUCGGUGAAUCACGGAGAUGUGGCUCAUACCCUGACAAAGAUUCGAUCCUUUGCGGUAUUCGUCAAUGCAAGCCCACAACGGCGAGACGCAUUUCUAUGUCUUCAAUCAGGCGGUGCCCGGCUGUUUCCUUUGCAUGAUGUUCAAACACGCUGGAAUUCCACGUUUUUGAUGCUUCGCCGCGCGCGUCGACUAAGGAACAUCAUCGAUAAAUACUGCUGUGACCAUGAAUACUCGCAGUUCAAGAUCACCGACGUUGAAUGGCGGCAGGUUGACUACCUAGUCCACUUGACUAAGCCGUUCUUUCAAUUCACUAUGGCUCUGAUGAAGACUAAAGACGUUACGAUUCACAGCGUAUUUCUUGUGUAUAGGAAACUUCUGGAGCACAUUGAACGGUCAAAUCGAAAAUUGAAGAGAAAGUCAACUCCUUGGAAGAAAGACAUGUAUAGCGCUCUGCUUAGUGCGAAGCAAAAGCUGAGAGAGUACUAUGAGAAGACCUAUCGUGACCACGGCUUUCUCUAUGGUACAGGAGCUCUUCUUGCUCCCCAAUACAAAUUAUCUGCCUUUGACGAUAGGGACUAUUCUACUUGCCACGAAGAUACAUCAAAAAGGUACUUGCAUCGCUCGUCCGCACUGCAUAGCUCUGAACUUGAUCGGCUACUUGUGCCAAUUGAUGAUUCUAUACUCCACGAAGGAGCAGAGCAUGAUGAGGUCGAUCAGUACCUCCGGGAAGCAAAUGUUCCGAUUCCACCACGGCUCUACUGGAGAGAACACGAGCGUGAAUUCCCUGUACUUUCUCGGCUUGCACGCGACUUGCUCUCGGUCCCGGCCACGGGCGCGGGCGUUGAAAGGCUUUUCAACAGCGCCCGAGAUAUCUGUCAUUAUCGUCGAGGAUCUCUUCAUGAAGCAACUAUUCAGGACUUGAUGAUGUAUAUGUGCUCAGAACGAUUCACACUGGAGGGAGAGCAGUUAACUCGCCUGGAAAAGCCGAUGGAGGGCGAGAGUCAAGAGGAACUUGAAGAGGGAGAAGCGUUGAAAGCAAAUGAAGAGGACGCUGAGCCGAUCAGCGAUGAUGAAGAGGUCGAAGAAAGUGAGGACUUCGAGCGCAAUAUUGAGCCAGAGGGGUCACACCAGGUAGAAACUAUACUGGUAGAGGGUGAUCAGUUCUUAAUGCACAGCCAGACAUACGAUGUGGAGGAAGACGAAGAGCAACAGGAGGAGGAGGGCGAGGAGGCAACUGAAGAUGAAACAGAUUUGCUUCCACCUCCAAUAACGCAACUGGGUGAUAGAAGUCAGAAGAGAUCCUCUGGUAGAGCCACGAUGCCCUCGAGUCGGCUGCGUGGGUACGAACUAUACUAA